AUGGUAUCAGAGGCGGCUCAACAACCUCCAAUUGAACGCGCUUACGGCGUCACCAACAUCAAAAACAACAUCCCCAUUCUCUUGGAUAUUGAUGAUGGUAACUAUGACGCAUGGAGAGAGCUGUUCUUAACUCAUUGCCAAAGCUUUGAUGUCUCUGGACAUCUUGAUGGAUCGCUCGUACCGGCCAACGACGACGAUCAACCUUGGAAGAAACGUGAUGGCUUAGUCAAACUUUGGCUUUACGGAACUCUCUCCAAAGAUCUCUUCAAAAGCACAUUCAAAACGGGCGGUACUUCUCGAGAAAUUUGGAUCAGACUUGAGAACUUCUUCCGCAACAACAAAGAAGCUCGUGCGAUCCAACUUGAUCACAAGCUUCGCAAUCAAGAGAUUGGGGAUCUCACGAUCCACGCCUACUGUCAAGAACUGAAGUCUAUAGCCGAUCUCCUGGCUAAUCAUGAUGCGCCCGUAACAGAGAGAACUCUAGUUACAUAUUUGUUGAAUGGUCUUAACGGAAAGUAUGAUAACAUUAUCAACGUCAUCAUGCACAGACAACCCUUUCCAACCUUCGAGGAGGCACGUUCGAUGUUAAUUCUAGAGGAGGAUCGUUUGGGCAAAGGCAAGAAAGGCACGGCUAACACCGACGGCUCACCAUCUUUGCCUAAGGUACUUGAUGUCACUACCUCCACAACAGAACAGAGGAGCUCAUCCCAAGGAGAUCAACAACAACGCCACUUCUCUAACAGAGGACGUGGUCGCAACCGAGGCAGAGGGAGACACAACAACAAUCAUCAGCGGCUGCAGUUCCAACAAUGGAACACUCCUUACUGGAACAACGGCUUCCCUAUGUGGCCUCAACAGCAGUUCAAUCCUUGGAUGCAACUCCCGCAGCAAUCCUUCGCUCAACAAGGUCUCCUCGGACCACGCCCACAACAACAAAACCAUCAGGGUCCUCAACACAAUGGCGGCAGCCAGAAGUUCGAACCAACAACGGACUUCGCUUCAGCCUUUAACACCAUGACUUUGAUCGACCCAACCGACAGCCAGUGGUUCAUGGACUCAGGAGCCACAGCUCAUCUCAGUAACACGGCAGGAUCUUCGAACACAGGAGACACUACUCCGCAGUGA